GGGGCAGGACUAUAUAACCCCAGAGGGACCGCCACAGGCUGACUCUGCUCCUUUCCAGCCAGAGCCACUGCCUUGCCCCCAGGAGACUGCAGACAUGGCACCCAAGAAGGCCAAGAGAAGGGCAGUGGCAGAGGGCGGAAGCUCCAAUGUCUUCUCCAUGUUUGACCAGACUCAGAUCCAGGAGUUCAAGGAGGCCUUCACCGUCAUUGACCAGAACCGUGAUGGCAUUAUCGACAAGGAAGAUCUACGGGACACCUUCGCAGCCAUGGGGCGCCUCAAUGUGAAGAAUGAGGAGCUAGAUGCCAUGAUGAAGGAAGCCAGUGGUCCCAUCAACUUCACCGUCUUCCUGACCAUGUUUGGAGAGAAGCUCAAAGGUGCCGACCCUGAGGACGUGAUCACUGGAGCCUUCAAGGUCCUGGACCCUGAGGGGAAGGGCACCAUCAAGAAGCAGUUCCUGGAGGAGCUGCUUACCACGCAGUGUGACCGCUUCUCCCAGGAAGAGAUAAGGAACAUGUGGGCAGCCUUCCCCCCUGACGUGGGAGGCAACGUAGACUACAAGAACAUCUGCUACGUCAUCACGCAUGGCGACGCCAAGGACCAGGAGUAAGGGACCCUCUUAGGCCUCUGCUGGCCAACGCCUUGCUGCCAGUCCGACCCCCAACCCGACUCUAAUAAAACUAAACUGGUCUUUGUUUCUUA